AUGGGCGGCGGCAAGGACCAACAACGAGGAUCGACGGCGGCAGGAUCAAUAGUAACCGGCAAUAACACAGGACGUCGACAGCAACCAAUUCACCCCUACCCCAAUUUAUAUUUUUGUAAUUUGAUGACGUAUAAUGUAUAUUAUUUUGCUACGUGUUCGCGCUUAACUCUCGCGUUAUGUUCAUUCGUUUUAGAAUAUAAGGACGAUACGAGCCGACGAACCGAGCUCAAGAAAUCGAAGGAGUCGACAGAUCGUACUCGCCAAAACGAAGUGAAGAAGGUACCCAAAAGCUGCAUUCGUUAA